UGGUAAAGGGUAAAACAUCUUUGGUUAGUUUCGUUGCAUUUACAGUUUACAGCUGAUGAAGUGAUAAUCGUCUUCCAAUUUUAUUGUUCCAGUUAGCACUUAGCAGAUGUGUUUAGAUUGAAAAACUGUUUACAUUUUUCCUUUUUUACUGUUAAAAAGCUUAGUUUUUCUCUUAAAUUCUUUUGUUGUAAUUGUUCAUCAACCUACUGACAAAUCAUAAAAUAAACACAAAAAAGCAAUAAGUAGUUCAUAACCUUGGAAAUAGAGAAAUUGUAGGUUUAUCAAAGGUGUAGGCCAAUUGCCUACCGUCUUGCAUUAUGGCUAGUUCUUCCAGAUAUGAUACUAAUAAACUGUGCUGCAGUUCUCACCCUGAUGCUCCAUUAAUUGAAGAUUACCGUGCCGGUGAUCAAAUCUGUUCAGAAUGUGGACUGGUAGUUGGUGAUCGAGUGAUCGAUGUCGGCUCGGAGUGGAGAACAUUCAGCAACGAGAAGAGCGGUGACGACCCGUCUCGUGUCGGUGGGCCGGAGAACCCACUGCUCAAUGGCUGCGAUCUCUCCACCAUGAUUGGCCCGGGAAGAGGUGAUGCCUCAUUCGACGAAUUUGGCAUCUCAAAGUAUCAGAAUCGUAGAACUAUGAGCAGUUAUGACAGAUCUCUGAUUAAUGCCUUCAAAGAAAUAAAUAGCAUGGCUGACAGAAUCAAUCUGCCGAAAACGAUCGUCGACAGAGCAAACAAUUUGUUCAAACAGGUGCACGACGGCAGAAGCCUGAAAGGCAGGUCCAAUGACGCCAUCGCGUCGGCUUGUCUCUACAUUGCUUGCAGGCAGGAGGGAGUGCCAAGAACAUUCAAGGAAAUUUGUGCUGUGAGCAAAAUUAGUAAAAAAGAAAUUGGACGAUGCUUUAAGUUGAUCCUCAAAGCUCUACAAACCAGUGUUGAUCUCAUUACCACAGAAGACUUCAUGUCCCGAUUCUGUUCCAAUCUUGGCUUGCCUAAUAUGGUCCAGAGAGCUGCUACGCACAUAGCUCGUAAGGCGGUCGAGAUUGAUAUUGUCCCUGGAAGGUCUCCGAUCUCAGUGGCUGCUGCGGCCAUCUAUAUGGCAUCACAGGCAUCAGAGGAUAAAAGAAGUCAAAAAGAAAUUGGAGACAUAGCCGGUGUUGCAGAUGUAACAAUCCGACAAUCGUACAAACUCAUGUAUCCUCAUGCUGCAAGACUUUUCCCUGAAGACUUCAAGUUUGCUACACCGAUUGAGCAAUUGCCACUGUGGUAGACACACUCUCAUUGCACCAUCAACCCAUCAACCAUCUCAUUCUUUAUUUAUAAGUGCUAAGAGUGUUGUUCUUGACAUUUCACACAAGUGCAUUUGUAUAAAUUGAUUCAACUUAAUAUUAAUAAUGAUUUAUGAAGUUCUUAGUUGUUUGGUGAAAGUAAUAGAUGCUUCGGAAAAGUGCUGUGCCUUCUAGUUGAGCUUGUUUAUAUUAUUAUUAUUCAUUCUGAUGAUGAAUUUUUCUUCUAAAGAUGAACUUUAAUUUCAAUUUUAUUAAGAUUACCGAUUAAGUUUAUAGAAAGAAGGUUUUCUCUCAUCACCGAAAAGUUAUUAUUUUCUUUCAUAUUCAAUUCAGUGUCUUGUACUUGAUUUGGAUGGAUACUAUUUUAUGAAUUUUAAUGAAAACAAAACGCAAUUGAUUUCCAAGCAUCUCAGUUUGGAAUGAGUUUGUAAUUUUAAAUAAACAACUUUCAUAGUCUUA